AUGACCGCGGAUUCAUCACUGUCUUUCGAUGAGUUCUCCAAUAUUAUCAAUGGAGAACUACGCAAAACCAAAGAAACUCGUUACUCCAUCAACCCUUCAACACUUGAACAUAAUCCCCCAGUCCCUGUAUCAUCCUCGAAUGAUGUCGACGAGGCUGUGGUUCAUGCAAGGAAUGCUUUCAAGACCUGGAGCAAAAUACCUCUUUCUGCGCGGCAAGACGCUGUUAUUGCCCUCGCUGCAGGCCUUCAAUCACUAAAAAGCGACUUUGCCCGCCUGCUCGUCAGAGAGCAAGGCAAGCCACUCUGGGCUGCCGAAAACGAAAUCGAUGCCGCCUGCCACUGGUUGAAAGUCCAAGCUGAGCUUCCCUUUUCCGAAGACGUCAUACUAGAAACGGACCAGAGAAUCAUAAAGACUAGAUUUACCCCGCUUGGCGUUGCUGCUGCCCUUGUGCCGUGGAACUCGUGCGGCAAGAUUGCUCCUGCUUUGGUAACAGGAAAUACCCUCAUUGUGAAGCCAUCGCCAUUUACUCCAUACUGCGAUCUGAAACUCGUGGAGCUCGCGCAGCGCUUCUUCCCACCUGGCGUACUCCAAUGCCUAAGCGGAGACGACAACCUUGGUCCAUGGCUAACGACACAUGGAGGGAUCAACAAAGUCAGCUUCACCGGAUCGACAGCAACUGGGAGGCUAGUAAUGCAGAGUUGCGCAAAUACCCUCAAACGAGUAACGCUAGAGCUAGGAGGGAAUGAUGCUGCCAUUAUAUGUGAAGAUGUUGACAUAAGAGAUACUGCUAAAAAGGUGGCUGAGCUCGCCUUCUCAAACUCGGGUCAGGUUUGCGUUGCUAUCAAACGAGCCUAUGUCCAUUCAUCGAUUUACGACGAGUUUCUUAAGAAUAUGGUAGAUAUAACGACGUCUAUGGGCGUCGGAGACGGUCUCACGGACAAUCUUUCUCUUGGACCACUUCAGAAUGCGAUGCAAUAUGACCGAGUCAUGGACCUUUUGAGAGAUAUCAAGACUUCAGGGCUAGAUAUACCUACUGGAGAGCGAGCUUCCGGAGAUCCCAAAGGCAAGGGUUACUUCAUCCGACCAAUAAUCGUGAACAAUCCUCCUCAAAGCUCUCGCAUCGUCAGAGAGGAACCAUUUGGCCCAGUUAUUCCGUUACUUAAAUGGGACACGGAGGAACAGGUUCUCAGCUAUGCGAACGAUUCCGACAUGGGCUUGAGCGCGUCGGUGUGGACUCGAGACACUGCUCGGGCAGAACGCAUCGCGCUCCAACUUGAAGCUGGGACAGUCUGGGUCAAUAGUCAUCUUGAACUUCGCCCUGAUGCUGCCUUUGGUGGUCAUAAGCAAAGUGGACUCGGAGCAGAAUGGGGCCAGGAGGGACUAAAGAGCUAUUGCAACACGCAGACCUUGUUCUUGGACAAGAAAUAG